AGCAGGAGGGGCAAGAACCCGGCCGCAGCAGCAGGGGUGCACCACACUCCUCUCUCUCUAUCUCUCUCUCUAUCUCUCUCUCUUUCUCCCUCCAUGCCCUCUCCCAACGCCUGCUCAGUUGGAGCUGCUCUCUGCUGGAUCUAAGUCUCGUCUUCUCGCUUGUGAAGUCUUUUUGACGUUUUUUCCUGGGGUCGCGCCACGGGCAGGAUCAGGAUGCGUGGUGUUGGAGCGCUGUGCCUGCCCGUCCUGCUGCUGGUGUCGUGCCUGCUGCCUGUGACGCACGGCCAGUGGUGGAGGCUGUUUGUGCGCAAGGUGGAGGCCACGCUGGCCCCCUCGGCCACCACAGAGCUGCCCACUGUCGUGGGCACGGAGCCAGCUGUGGCUACCACUACCACACUGGGGCACAUGCUGACCACCACCCUGGCCCUCCUGGAGGAGACGACCAGCAGCAAGCCCAAAGCUAGGAAGAGACCGCUCAAAAUGUGGAAGAGUGAGCGAGGCUCCAAGUCUCACCUGGACCUGACGGAGCUGAUCGGCGUGCCUCUGCCUCCGUCCGUGUCCUUCGUCGCCGGCUACGAGGGCGUGGCCGCCUUCAGCUUCGGCCCCGACGCCAACAUCGGACGCCUCACCAAGAGCUUCGUGCCGGACCCGUUCUUCCGGGACUUUGCCAUCAUCGUCACCGUGAACUCCACGAACGCCCGGGGCGGCGCCAUCUUCGCCAUCACGGACGCCCAGCAGCGCGUCGUGCAGCUGGGCCUGGCCCUCACGCCGGUGGACGACAACACGCAGAGCAUCGUGCUCUACUACACCGACCAGGGGGCUUCGGAGACGCAGCAGGUGGCGUCCUUCAAGGUGCCCGUCAUGCACCGCAAGUGGACGCGCUUCACGCUCACGGUGCAGGACCAGGAGGUGCGGCUCUACAUGGACUGUGAGGAGUUCCACACGGCCACCUUCCGCCGGGGCCCACAGCCGCUGCAGUUCGAGCCCAGCUCGGGCAUCUUUGUGGGAAACGCCGGCAGCACGGGACUGGAGAAAUUUACGGGCUCCAUCCAGCAGCUGGUGAUCAAGCCAGACCCUCGCGCAGCAGAGGAGCAGUGCGAAGAAGACGAUCCUUAUGUGUCGGGCGAUGGAAGCGGCUUUGAUGGCCUUGAUGACAGAGAGGGUGAGGAGGAGAUGCUGAAGAGAGAGGAGGCAGAGAAUAAUAAGUACACGCCAACAAUGCCUGAAGCACCAGUGCGGGCCCCUCCAACGGUGGGCCCUGUGGUAGAGGACGAUGAGCUGUCUGGACACUCUGGACACCUGGUGCCUACAGAGGACACCUACCCCACACAGGAGGUGCUGCUGGGAGGGCAUGGCACUGAGGAACUUGGAGAGCGGUCAGGUGAUGGUCCGAUUGGCCAGGGGCCCAAAGGGGAGCGUGGGGACCCGGGUCCUCGUGGCCUUCCAGGUCCUCCCGGGCCCCCUGGCCCCACCAGCGCCUCAAGAGCAGGAACCGCGUCUGGGCAGCCGGGGCAGAGGGGGCCCCAGGGCCCUGCUGGGGUACCAGGGAACCCAGGAAGACCUGGGAAGGAUGGCGUGCCUGGUCGCAAAGGACAAGAUGGAAUGCCAGGCCUGAGAGGACCAGCUGGGACUCCUGGAUUAGCUGGGGAGAUUGGAGCCAAGGGUGACAAGGGUGAGCCUGGAGUGGGUUUGUACGGCCCCCCGGGGCCACCCGGACCUCCUGGACCACCAGGCGAACGCGUGUUCUCCAGCGCAUCCAGAUAUCCGGAUGCCAUUGAUGCAUACGGCUCUGGAUUCGGAGACUUUGACAGCGAUACAGAAAUUAUCAGAGGUCCCCCUGGUCCUCCCGGGCCACCAGGGCCCCCUGGGCCCCCAGGCCCGCUCACCCCACCUGAGGCCCUGCUACCUGGGCCCCCGGGCCGGCCCGGAGCCCCUGGAAAGGAAGGACCCGUGGGUAAACCAGGCGUGCCUCGCCUGGUGUUUGAGGAAGUAGAGGACCUUAGUGGUUCUGGGUCGGGCUCUGGGUUUGGAUCGGACUUUUCGUCCGGCUUUGGUUCCGCGUUUGAAUCUGGGCUUGGUUCCGGAGAAGUAUUGCCCUGGCUCUCUCAGGGUCAUGACGGUUUCCCAGGUCCACGUGGUCCCAAAGGGUUUAAGGGAGAGCGUGGAUUAGCAGGACUACCUGGGAAAAAGGGUGACUCGGGUGAGGACGGAGCGGUCGGCUUACCUGGGCCGGCAGGUCCGAUGGGCUCUCCCGGCCUACAGGGACCUCCAGGGCCACCCGGCCCACCAGGGACCUCAGGAAAUGGCAUCACUCUUGAGGACUUGGAGGGUUCAGCCAAUGGCGGCCUCAUUGGCGGUGGUAUUUUGCGUGGAGCUCAGGGUCUUCCUGGUCUUCCAGGUCCCAUCGGUCCUCAGGGCCUACCUGGGCCAGUUGGACCACCUGGUUUGACUGUUAAGGGAGAGCGUGGCUCGCCGGGGCCAGAUGGUGAGCGAGGGGUGGCCGGCCUCCCUGGCACGCGGGGAGCGAAAGGAGACAAAGGAAGCCCGGGGCCAAAGGGGGAUCCAGGUCAGGACGGCCAGAGCAUCGCCGGUCCACCCGGGCUUCCCGGGCCUCCAGGACCCAUCAUCAGCCUGCAGGACCUCCUGCUGAACGACACAGAGGGCAUAUUUAACUUCACAGAAAUCCGCGGGCCGCCCGGGCCAAGGGGCCCAGAGGGUCUGCCAGGCAAAGCUGGAUUCCCCGGCCCAAGAGGACCAAAGGGCGAUGUUGGGUUGCCAGGUGUGAAGGGACCCCCGGGGCUGAAGGGCGAGAAGGGUGAGCCCGGGGUCACCAUCGCGGCAGACGGCUCUCUAGUGACGGGCAUGAGGGGCCCCAGAGGCCCCAAGGGACUCAAGGGUGAGCGUGGCCUUACAGGAGAGGCUGGAAUCAUGGGACCACUCGGGCCACCUGGGCCAAAGGGCGAGUAUGGAUUACCUGGUCGACCGGGUCGACCUGGAAUGGUGGGACUUAAAGGAGACAAAGGGGAUGCUAUUGGUUUGCAAGGACCCCCUGGUCCUCCUGGACCUCCCGGCCUCCCUGGUCGCAUCCUCGGGCUCAACGGAACAGUCUUUCCAGUCCCUCGUAGACCGCACUGCAAAAGACCACCUGGCACCAGUCUGGAGGCAGUAUUAGGGGCGAAAGGGGAGAAAGGCGAUAUGGGCCUCGCAGGAACCCCGGGGGCUCCACUGCCAGAUUACGUGUUCAUGAAAGGUUUUGCGGGUGAUAAAGGAGACAGUGGCUACAAGGGGGAGAAGGGAGACAGGGGAGACCCCGGCCCCGUUGGUCCUCCAGGCCCACCUGGCAGGUCUGGCCUCGUGGGACCCAAAGGAGACACGGUUGUCGGCCCACCAGGUCAGCCCGGUGGCCCUGGCCGGCCGGGACAGCCUGGCUUUGGGAGGCCCGGCAGACCUGGACCCCCCGGACCAUCUGGACCUCCUGGGUCAUCCCGGGAUUAUGGCACAGCUGUGAGCGUCCCUGGGCCUCCAGGUCCUCCCGGGCUUCCCGGAGCUCCUGGCUACGGAGCUGCUGUGACCGUGUAUAAAACUGGGCAGGCUCUGCUCAGGGAGACCCACAGGGCGUCGGAGGGAGCCAUGGCGUACGUCUCGGACAAGGGCGAACUCUACAUCAGAGCGCAAGGAGGAUGGAGGAAGAUUCAGUUGGGCGAGCUCAUCCCCAUCCCCUCCGACAGCCACACGGCUGCUGUCUCACAUGGCCUCAGCAGGCCAGGCGACCGCAGCACACCCCGGUUACACAGCCAGGAGCUGACAAGUUACCAGCCAAGUCACAAUGUUCUCCCACAUACGGCCUACUCUGUUCCUGGGCUGCACCUCGUGGCCCUGAACGCGCCGGCUACGGGAGACAUGCGGGGCAUCCGGGGGGCGGACUUCCAGUGCUACCAGCAGGCGCGCGCCCGGGGGCUCACCUCCACCUACCGCGCCUUCCUCUCCUCGCACCUGCAGGACCUGGCCACCAUCGUUAGGAAGGCCGACCGCGCCAACAUGCCCGUGGUCAACCUCAAGGGAGAGAUCUUAUUCAACAGCUGGCUGUCUAUAUUCUCUGGAGAUGGAGCUUCGUUUAAUCCCCAGAUUCCAAUCUACUCUUUUGAUGGCCGAAAUGUUAUGACAGAUCAGACUUGGCCCCAGAAGCUGGUGUGGCACGGCUCCAGCACUGUGGGCAUUCGCAUGACCACCAACUACUGCGAGGCCUGGCGGGCGGGCGACGUGGCGGUGACGGGCCAGGCCUCCCUGCUGCAGACCGGCCGUCUGCUCGGCCAGCACACCCGCAGCUGCUCCAACCGCUUCAUCGUGCUCUGCGUCGAGAACAGCUACGUGCGCGACCCCCGGCAGAACUGAGGGCCCCCGUCCUGACCUACCGUCCGUCCCUGAUCCUCCAUCCCCCAAAUCCAAUUCCCACUCCCACCCUCUCCCUCGUCUCCCUCACCUCAGUAGACUCGCCCAACCCCACCUCCUCUGCACUCCAUCCAGCUCCCAAAACCUUACGCACCGUCUUCCUUCGUUCUUUAUGUCCUCUUUCCCUCCCUCUCCCCUUCUCAUGCCAUCCCUCCUUCCCUCCCUGAAUCAGUCCCUUUCCAAGAGUAGCUCUGAGCUGGCCUGCAGAGGAGAACAUAAUCAUUUAGCCUGUCCUGCCCUCCUCCCCAGCCGCCCCUAAAUAAUGCAUCCUCAGAGGAAGAUUCCAGAAGAAAAAUGGCACUGCUCCCCCCCCACCCCCCCCCAGCCCAGCCCAGAAUUUUUUUUCCCGAGGAGAAAAGAGGUGUAAAUAUGUGUAAAUUGCUUCCUGAUACCACACCAUCCCUCCAUAACACACACCGUGACUUGCUGACUGAUGGAAUGCCAAAGAAGUGAUACCUCAGCCAGAAAUCAAUCCAUGCCACCCUCUGCCGCUCCAGACCCCGCCCGGCCUGGCCCGGCCCGGCCCGGCCCACUCGCUCACUGUAGUAGGGAUGCACUGAAGCUCUCCUCGUCGGAGAUUAGCUUGCAGAGAGUAGCGGCUCAGCUAAGGUCUUUACUUUCCCUGCAUUCACCCGAGAGUCCUGUAUUAGUCUAGUGCUGCGUGAACUGCCCAUUAAAACAUUAUUCCCUGUGUUGAUA